GCGCGCUCCCUCCCAUCUCUUCCCCUCCCCGGGCCGUCGCCUCCUCCUCCUCCUCCUCCCUUUCUCUCCCGAUCUGUCUCUCCCGGCCCGGAAUCCAUUCCGGCCUGGGAGCCGGAGCGGCCAGGCCGCCGUCGCUGGACCCCCGGCCGUCCGGCGGGCCGCCCUCCCGUGCGUCUGGCUACCGGUGUGCCCGCCCGCCCGCCGGCCCAGAACACGGACGCUCAGAGAAGGGAAGCGACUUGCCCAGCUAUGAGAGAGCGAGCCAGGAGGUGAAACCAGAUGACGAUGCUGAGGCCCAGAGAGGGGAAGUGACUUGCCUAGGGUCACACAGUGGGGCGAGGUGGAGCAGGGCCUCUAGACCAAGACCCCUGACUCCACACCUGGUGUCUGUGCGGAGACCGCAGGCUGCUUCCCAGGCCCUCUGGGACAGCCCUGCCUCCCACCAGCCGGGACCAUGGGCAGCAACAAGAGCAAGCCCAAGGACGCCAGCCAGCGGCGCCGCAGCCUGGAGCCGGCCGAGAGCGCGCACGGGCCCGGCGCCUUCCCCGCCGCGCAGACCCCCAGCAAGCCGGCCUCGGCGGACGGCCACCGCGGCGCCCCCGCGCCCUUCGCCCCCGCGGCCGCCGAGCCCAAGCUCUUCGGGGGCUUCAACUCCUCGGACACGGUCACGUCCCCGCAGCGGGCCGGGCCGCUGGCCGGCGGAGUGACCACCUUUGUGGCUCUCUAUGACUAUGAGUCACGCACAGAGACUGACCUCUCCUUCAAGAAGGGGGAGCGGCUCCAGAUUGUCAACAACACAGAGGGAGACUGGUGGCUCGCCCACUCGCUCAGCACAGGACAGACGGGCUACAUACCCAGCAACUAUGUGGCGCCCUCCGACUCCAUCCAGGCCGAGGAGUGGUACUUUGGCAAGAUCACCAGACGGGAGUCAGAGCGGUUACUGCUCAACGUGGAGAACCCGAGAGGGACCUUCCUAGUGCGAGAAAGCGAGACCACAAAAGGCGCCUACUGCCUCUCCGUGUCCGACUUCGACAACGCCAAGGGCCUCAACGUGAAGCAUUACAAGAUCCGCAAGCUGGACAGCGGCGGCUUCUACAUCACCUCCCGCACCCAGUUCAACAGCCUGCAGCAGCUAGUAGCCUACUAUUCCAAACACGCUGACGGCCUGUGUCACCGCCUCACCACCGUGUGCCCCACGUCCAAGCCACAGACUCAGGGCCUGGCCAAGGACGCCUGGGAGAUCCCCCGGGAGUCGCUGCGGCUGGAGGUCAAGCUGGGCCAGGGCUGCUUCGGAGAGGUGUGGAUGGGGACCUGGAACGGCACCACCAGGGUGGCCAUCAAAACCCUCAAGCCGGGCACGAUGUCCCCAGAGGCCUUCCUGCAGGAGGCCCAGGUCAUGAAGAAGCUGCGGCACGAGAAGCUGGUGCAGCUGUACGCGGUGGUGUCGGAGGAGCCCAUCUAUAUCGUCACGGAGUACAUGAGCAAGGGGAGUUUGCUGGACUUUCUCAAGGGGGAGACGGGCAAGUACCUGCGGCUGCCUCAGCUGGUGGACAUGGCUGCUCAGAUCGCCUCCGGCAUGGCGUACGUGGAGCGAAUGAACUACGUGCACCGGGACCUCCGUGCUGCCAACAUCCUGGUCGGAGAGAACCUCGUGUGCAAGGUGGCCGACUUCGGGUUGGCUCGGCUCAUCGAGGACAAUGAGUACACGGCCCGGCAAGGUGCCAAAUUCCCCAUCAAGUGGACGGCUCCAGAAGCUGCCCUCUACGGCCGCUUCACCAUCAAGUCGGAUGUGUGGUCCUUUGGGAUCCUGCUGACAGAGCUCACGACAAAGGGACGGGUGCCCUACCCUGGGAUGGUCAACCGAGAGGUCCUGGACCAAGUGGAGCGGGGCUACCGCAUGCCCUGCCCACCCGAGUGUCCCGAGUCCCUGCACGACCUCAUGUGCCAGUGCUGGCGGAAGGAGCCGGAGGAGCGGCCCACCUUCGAGUACCUGCAGGCCUUCUUGGAGGACUACUUCACAUCCACUGAGCCCCAGUACCAGCCCGGGGAGAACCUAUAGGGAGCCGGCUGCAGGGCCAGACUGCUCUGGGCCAGGAUCCUGGGCCGGGCGGCCCCUGGCUGGGGUCUUGCCUCACUCUGCCUGCCCACCGUUGCUCCUCUCUGAGGGGCUGAGUUGCCAGGGACGAGGCCCCUCCCCCCUGUGUGGCGUGGAAGGGCCUGGGCCUGGGGCGGUCCCAAGGGCUGUGUUGGAGGCUGGCACAGUGACUUCGUGCCGGCUGCCGCUCCACCCACAGGCUCCUCCCUGUGCCCUCCUGGAGCCCCGUGCGUCUCGGCAGGAGAAAUUAGGACAAAGGGCUGGGCUAGGGCGCCCUUUUUCCAGCCUCACCCUACUCUGCGCAUCGGCUCCUUCCCUCUUCCACCCCAGGGCUGUCUCCAGAGCUGGCCGAAGAGCCUUUCCAAAGAGGAGUGAUGGGCCCCUGGCCUGCUGGCCAUCCUGCCCCUUGCCGUCCGUUUCUGAAACACCUUUUGGUGGAGGCUGCUGGGUCCAGACCCCUCUGCCGUGGCUCCCGGGCUGGGUAGCCUGAGGCCAGGCUUCACUUGAUGAUGGUGGGUGGGGUGGGCACCCCCGUCAAACCCUGCCCUUCUUAGAUCUGAGGGACCCUUAGAGAUCAUCAAUUCCUUGUCCCCCUAUGACCUACGGGGAAACUGAGUCCAGAGAGGGGCUGUGACUUGCUCAAGGCCACAGAGCAGUUCAGGGUUGAAGUGAGAUUGGAACCCGGUGCUCCCUCUGUCUUCCUCAGGAACCAACAAGAUUGUCCUUGGAGGCAUCGUGGACAGACUAGGGCAGCCCAAGGGACAAGGGGCCUGAGGGUGGAUCAGAGACAGCAGACGGCGUCAUGUGGCUACUGCCCACUAGGCGGGGCUGUCGUCAGGGGAGAGUGGAGGCGCGUGUGGGCUGAGCCAGGAUGAGGGGUGAAGGUGCAGGGGUCAGGAGGCAGGCUGCAGUCAGGACGCGUGUGGUUUUUGACCUUUAGAGCUAGCCAGCCAUGAAAGGGAGUGAGCUCCCAGGCUCUGGAGGCAAUCAAGCAAAAGUAGAAGAUCCAAGUGGUUGGAGACCCUAGCUCUGGCCUCAGGAAGGAACCCAGGUCCCCCUUCCCCCAGUUUGUCUUGUGUCCUUUCAGCGCCUGGCCCCUGCUCCUUCCCCAAGUUGGCACCCUUUAACUCAUGAGUAGGGCAAGGAGUGCCUAGGCUAGGGUGACAGAGGGUGAGCGUGUCCACUGCCGUGCACCAGGACUGGCUGUGUGACCUCGGGUGGCCCCUGCUUCCUCUCUGGGCUGCAGUAUCUGCCUCCAUUUGAGGCCAUGGCCUCUGCAGCGACUCCGCUCCUGUCCAGACCCUGUGGCCUGCCAUCGCGUGCUGAGCCCAGCCCUGGGCGUCGGGAGACUGUGUUCCGGCCCUGGUUCUGCUGUUCAGCCUUUGGGUAUGUGGUGGCUUCUCCCUGGGCCUCAGUGUGCCCGUCUUAAAAGGAGCGGCUGACAGUUUAUGGGCAUCUUGCCAAGGGCCCCUGUGUGUGUGUGUGUGCACGUGUGUGUUCCUCCAUGUGUGUCCAUAUUUAACAUGUAAAAAUGCCCCCUGCUCUGUCCCCCAGACACGUUGUACAUUUCACCACAGUCCCCCAUCAUAGCAAUAACAUCCCCGCUGCCAGGGGUUCUCGAGCCAGCCAGGCCCUGCCAGCGGGGAAGGAGGCCACGCGGUGCCUGCCCAUGACAUUUCCACUUUUCCUUUCAUGCGUGUUUAUGACCCAAGUCUUAGUCCGUCCCAGUCGAAUCUGGGCUCGCUCACCCCAGCGUGCUCUCAUAUCCCCUUCCAGCUGCCCAAGGCCCUUUGUAUAAGGUGUCCUGAUACUGUCCUUUUUUUUAAAACAGUGUUUUGUAGAUUUCAGAUGAUUAUGCAGAGGCCUCGGGGACCCCCGGCUCUGGGCAGGGCCUGGGGGUCCCACAUUCCAUGGCCCAGGCUCGGGAGGGAGGGGGGAUCCAGAAUUGGUUGUAAAUACUUUGCAUAUUGUCUGAUUAAACACAAGCAGACCUCGGA